AAAAAAAAAAAAAAAAAAAACCUAGUGUGAUCUGUAAAGUAGACUGAAGGAAGACAUGGGAAGCGGCUUGAUGAGAAAGAAGAAGAAGAAGAAGAAGACUAACAAUAAGAAGAAGAGACCAAAGGUGUCUAGAUAUCCCGAUUGGUCGAAGCUGUCCCCUGACGUUUUGGGCAAAAUCUUCGAAACCUUAAGUAGCCCUAUUGAUUCACACAGAGCUAAAACUGUGUGUUCGAAUUGGUACUCAGUUUGGAAAACAUGCUUGCACAAGCCCUUGUAUUCAUUGCAGAUCAUACACCAAGGUGAUUCUCCUACUGAAGAAGACCAAACAAGAAAAAUCCUAGGGUUUACUCAAAGAAGCUAUUGUAUGGCUACCUUUGGAAGCUGGCUUCUUAUGGUUGAACCUGGUCUCAAGUUCUGUAUUUUCAACUCUUUGACGUGUGAAAAGAUUGUUCUUCCAUCGAUGGAGUCACCAAUACGUGGAGGUAAAGUAACAUUCAAACAUAAUCAUAUGUAUGAUGAUGGUUACUUCUUGAGGAAUGGUUCUCGUAGGGAUGAAGUUCGUUACGAAUUUGAUUCUGUUGAAUGGAAAAACUCUGUAGCUGCUUUGUGGAUUGAUGAGGUUACGGGUGAUUAUGUUGUUGCUUGGACUUAUAUACAGCAUUACUUGUUCUCAUACAAGAAAGGAGAUAGUUCUUGGUGUAACUUGAAUCACAAUAGGAAGAGUUUGGUUUUGUUUGAUAUGGCUUGUGAUAAGUAUAAGCUUUAUCUUUACACAGCUGAUCAUAACAUUAGGUUCUUUGACUUCUCUGGAAAGUAUCCUAUAGAGAAAAAAUCCGAAAACCGGUAUUGGAAGCAUCCUUUUGAUUACGUUGAGGAAGAGUGGGAAUACGUUUGGAAGAGGAAGUUAGCUGUUCGUCCAUCAGGUGAGGUGCUGAUCAUCUUGAGCCUGAAACUAGUGUUGUCUGAGGAGACACUUUUGUUUUACAUCUUUGGAAUGAAUCUUGAGAGUUUCAAGUGGGAGAGAGUUGAUUCUAUUGGAGAUGAGAUGUUGUGUUUUGGUCAUGGGGUUACUGUACCUCUUGCUUUUAAAGAUUUGGGUGGUGGAACUAGGAGUGAUACUAUCUUUUUCGUCGACAAAGAUGUUUGGCCGGAUCAUCCAGAUCAUGAUCAUCGUGUUUCGAAUUGCGGGGUUUUCGAUAUUGUAACAGGGGUAGUAGAAUGGCCUAAGAAAUUGUACCGUUCCAUGAAUGGAACUCAGUGGUUUGUUUGGGGAGUUGUUUAUUAGUGUGGUUAUUGAAUGUAAGGAUUUAGUAGAACUUGUAUGAAAUUCAAGUUUUUAUAUGA